GUCUAUUUAUUCGAAGAGCAACCAUUUGUCAGACGCUAGGGUUUUCGGCUGCAAGCAAAGAGAGAACUUUAACAAUGGCAGAAAAGGGUCCGGUUCCGAUGGUGCAAUGCUUCGGCCGCAAGAAGACUGCCGUUGCCGUGACCACCUGCAAGCAAGGAAAAGGCAUCAUCAAGAUCAACGGCUGCCCUAUCGAGCUCGUGGAGCCGGAGAUCCUCCGCUUCAAGGCAGUUGAACCAAUCCUUCUCCUUGGCCGCCACCGCUUCAACGGCGUCGACAUGAGGAUCCGCGUCAAGGGAGGAGGACACACUUCCCAGAUCUACGCCAUUCGUCAGAGCAUCGCCAAGGCCCUGGUUGCUUUCUACCAGAAGUACGUUGACGAGCAGAGCAAGAAGGAAAUCAAGGAUAUCUUGGUCAGGUAUGAUCGCACUUUGCUCGUUGCUGAUCCCAGGAGGUGCGAGCCCAAGAAGUUCGGUGGAAGAGGUGCAAGGGCGAGGUUCCAGAAGAGUUACCGUUGAGGUCUCUGGUGGUUUUGGAAAUUUGGUAUUCUGGGUUUCAGUUAUUUUCAUGCUUUAAGUUUUUUGAAGUGAAGACUAUUACCAUUGAUAGUUUAUGACUUGUUAAAGUUUUGAAAUUUUAAUCCAUGUUUUGCUUAUUUUGUGUACUCAUAAUUCGUAUUGCAUUUAUGAUUUCAGUUC